CGCGCGCCGCCGUGUGACGCGAGCGGAAGGGCACGUCACCGUCCGGCGGGGGCUGAGGCGGCGCCGCCGGGGCAGGAAAGGAGCUCUCAAUAAAAAAUGUCGUGGAUCAGAGAGGGCGAGCUGACCAUCAUAGAGAGGUUCUGUGCCAACAUCAUUAAGGCAGGUCCAAUGCCCAAGCACGUUGCCUUCAUCAUGGAUGGCAAUCGCCGCUACGCCCAGAAGUGCCACGUGGAGAGGCAGCAGGGACAUUCCCAGGGCUUUGAUAAGCUGGCACAGACCCUGCGCUGGUGCUUGAACCUGGGCAUUCGGGAGGUGACAGUUUAUGCCUUCAGCAUUGAGAACUUCAAACGCUCCAAGGAGGAGGUGGAUGGCCUCAUGGACCUGGCCAGGCAGAAGUUCAGCCGCCUCCUGGAGGAGCAGGAGAACCUGAAGAAGCACGGGGUGUGCAUCCGUGUCCUCGGGGAUCUGCCCCUCCUGCCCGUGGAUAUCCAGGAGCUGAUUGCCCAGGCUGUGCUGGCAACCAGGAACUACAACAAGUGCUUUCUGAACGUCUGCUUUGCUUACACAUCGAGACAUGAGAUCAGCAAUGCUGUCAGGGAGAUGGCCUGGGGCGUGGAGCAAGGACUGCUGGAGCCCAGUGACGUGUCUGAAUCACUGCUGGAUAAAUGUCUGUACACCAACAACUCCCCCGACCCAGACCUGCUCAUAAGGACCUCGGGAGAGGUUCGCCUCAGUGACUUCUUGCUGUGGCAGACAUCCCAUUCAUGCCUGGUGUUUCAAUCAGUCUUGUGGCCAGAAUAUUCCUUUUGGAACUUGUGUGAAGCUAUCCUUCAGUUCCAGAUGAACUACAGUGCUUUACAGAAGGCCAGAGACUCCUACCUGGAGGAGAGGAGGCGGCAGCAGAUGGAGAGGGACCAGGCUUACGUGACCAAGAAGCUGCAGCAGGAGGGGAGUGUGGCCCACGGAGACUCGCGGCGCCGGCGCACGCUGCUGCAGAAAUGCACGGCCCUGAGGGAGGAGAGGAUCCAGGGCUUCCUGCAGGCCCUGGAGCACAAGAGAGCAGACUUCUUGGAGAGACUGUGUCCCGUGUCUGCGUGACACAGGUGCUGGGCUCUGGGGAACACGGCGUGCAGAGCUGCUGCCCACAGGGACUGGCUCAGCAGGGCAGCCAGGGCUGCUCCAGGAGCUCCAUCCUGCUGGCCCUGCCCCGAGCAGGGAUGGCUGCUGAGAACUCUCCUGGCCUGGGAUGCUGCUGAGGAAGGUGGUGCUGUCCUGUGUCACCUCCCUGCCCUGGUGACAGAUACCUGCACCCUGCUGGGUCCUUGGCAGGCCAGGUGACAAGAAGUUAACUGCAAUGAGCCUCCUGCAGUUCUCUGGUUGCUCCUGAACUGGCCCAGCCACACCAGUUCAGUCCCAUUCAAUCAGCCUGGGCUUGGGUUCUUCCCAUGGCUUUGCAGCAGGGAAUCUUCAGUUGGGAUGUCCUCUGCUGUCCCAUCCAGAGCCCUGCUUUCUGCAGGGAGAGGAUUGUUCCUGUGCCAGGGGCAUUCCCCACUGCCUGCUCACUUGUCUUUUCCCCAAGACUGCUGGGUGGGAUGUACCCUCUCCUGGUCUCCAGAGAGCUAAAGGAAGGGUUCCCAGCCUUGCUGUAAGGGAAAAAAAGCUGCUCCAGACUUCAGCAGGUUCUGAGAUCUCUCCUGAGCAGUGGAUGUGGGGAAAACCCAGGUGCUGGUGUUGGACCACACUGACCUUGGGAAAGGCUCUGAGCAGGCAGGAAAAAAGAAUUGGUUUGGAAUGAACUUUCUCAGGAAGGAAAUUGGCUAAACAGAGGUGAUGGCUGCCAUGUGCCAAAGCCUCUGAGGGAGUUCCAGAGAAUGAGGGUGGGCUUAGUUCAGGAAUGCAGAACCAAUACAGGAAUACAGAACCAAUACAGGAAUACAAAACCAAUCUCUGACCCCAGCCAGAAUGGCUCAGAAGGGCAGUUUGGCUGAUGCUAAAGGAGUGCCAGAGCAGCUGUGGAGUGUUGCUUGUUCUCAGUUUUCCACUGGCAGGGAGAUGGACAAGCUGAUUUCCAGGGUUGUUUCCAUCUCUCAUUCCUCCUGGCUUCCGUCCUCACGAUCAGAAUAACUGAAAAUGUUUGAUUUUUGCUCCUGAUGCACACACACACACACACACGUGUGGCAGUACCAGCUGUUGCUGGGUUUGAAGUGUUUCUUCUUACCUCCAGGUGAAAACCACAAAAUGCAGAUUUAACAGUACUGCACACUGAGCACUUGGCCUGUGAUUGUGAAGAACUGUGUAGUCAAACUGGGAAUAAAGUAUAUUCAUACCAAA